CAUAUUAUGCUUCAAAGUUCAAACUCAUUAUAUUUUAGGCCAAAAAAAGGGAAAAAUUGGGAGGGAGAUUAGGAGGGAGAGACAGAGAGUGUGUGCGUGUGUUUCUGUCAGUUUCUGCUUAGCUUCUGAAAUCUGGGGUCUCUUCAAAUUCCUCUAAUUUCUUCUUCCUUUCCUUUUUCUUAAUUUUUUACUACUUGUUAGUGUAGUAAGCAAAAUCCAACAACAUUGUGUAGGUUGGUAUUCAUACCUUUAGCAGUGUAAUUUACUGGGUUUUUGUCACAACACAAGUAAUAACUCUGGCACAGGGACACAAUUAGCUCCAUUUCAGUGUGAUCUGUAUUUACAACAGAAUUGUUGUAAAAACUGCUGCCUUUGCAAUACUCUUCUAAUGUCAAUAUAUAGCAAGAUGCUAGUGGGCCUUGAAUGAGCCUUAAUUUCAGUAGUGGAAGGAAAAUGACCUCAAAGCCAAAGAAAGGAUGGAAAUCAAUUGUGCCUCUCCAUUUGAAGACCAAAUCAGCAGCACAUUUUUGUUUGCUACCCAAAGCGAAGUCAGAUCGAUACGGUCCUGGUGACACACCUGUUUAUCUCAAUGUGUAUGACUUGACUCCUAUGAACGGCUAUGUAUAUUGGGCUGGCCUUGGUAUCUUUCAUUCUGGCGUGGAAGUUCAUGGUGUAGAAUAUGCAUUUGGAGCUCAUGACUAUCCAAGCAGUGGUGUCUUUGAAGUUGAACCACGGCAGUGCCCUGGGUUCAAGUUUAGGAAGUCAAUAUUCAUUGGGGCGACAAAGUUGGAUCCCUGUCAGGUUAGAGAGUUUAUUGAACGUCAAGCUGCUAGCUAUAAUGGUGAUACGUAUCACUUGAUUGUGAAGAACUGCAACCAUUUUUGCAACGAUUUAUGCUACAAGCUUACUGGGAAAAGGAUUCCAAAAUGGGUGAACAGACUUGCAAAAUUAGGUUCAACAUUCAACUGCAUGCUACCCGAGGCUCUGAAAGUUGCUGCGGUGGAACAUGACCCUAAUGGCCCUGAAUAUGAUAGUGAGAAAAGAAGGCUGAGAAGUGCUUUCAGUUGUCUUUCUUCAAUUUCAACAAGGCAAAGGCAGUUAUCGACAUCUUCGUUAUUUCUGCAGUCACCCUUAAAAGGGUGCUUACCAUCUUGGGAGUUAAGAAAGUCUAACAACAGGUCUCUGAAGGAAAGGUAAGAUAAUGGACCCUUCCAAUUUCUUGGAAUUUGUUGAACAGAAAUGUUAUGAAGGUUAUUUCCAUGUAUUCUUGGGAAAAAUGAAAAACCAAUCAGAGUGACAUGCUUAGGAAUUAAGGGGUAGUAUUUAUAACAUGACAUUUCAGUGUAUGUAAAAAAAGAAUUCCUUAUUUGAUUGCUUCUUUUGAGAAAUUUUGCCACACUUUGAAGUUGAAGCAGUGAAUUGUUGGAUCAA